UACCUCUCAUCUUGCAGCAGAAGAAAGGGAAGAUUCAGGGGGUACUAAUUUACUUAACAAGGAUAUGAACAAUCUGUCGGUGAAUGGACUGAAAAAAUUGCCGCUGGGGUUCCGGUUCCAGCCGACGGACGAAGAGCUGGUUUUUCAGUACUUGAAAUGCAAGGUCUUCUCCUAUCCUUUGCCUGCUUCUAUCAUCCCUGACCUCAGUGUCUGCAACUUUGAUCCCUGGGAUCUGCCUGGUGAGAUGGAGGAGGAGAGGUAUUUUUUCAGCACGAAGGAAGCAAAGUAUAGAACCGGGAACCGGAUAAACCGAGCGACUACUUCUGGAUAUUGGAAGGCAACCGGUUCCGAUAAGCAAAUUAUAUCAAGGAGAAACCAAGUAGCAGGGAUGAGAAAAACCCUAGUUUUUCACAUGGGGAAGCCUCCACAUGGAUCAAGAACUGAUUGGAUCAUGCAUGAAUAUCGCCUAGUUACUCUAUCAAACAAUGAUUUCGACUCUCUGCAUGCAAACAACCCAAUAAUCCAGAAUUAUUUAAAUCAUGAGAUGGAAAAGUGGGCUCUAUGCCACGUAUUUUUUAAGAAAUCACGUAAGAAGAGCAGUGAUGAGGAGGAGAUUAUGCAGAGUUUAUGUGACAGUAGUAACGAAAAAGUGAAAAAACCCAAGGCUUUGAUUCAUAAGAUAAAGCCAAAAUUGUUUGAUUUCAUGAGAGAAAACGAUGGCAUGACAGCUGAGUCAUCUUCUUCUUCUUCUUCAGGUUGCAGCAGUGAUAUUACUGAAGUUUCUUCAAGCGCAUGCAGCAUGCAGUAUUGAAGACAGCAGUCACUGCAACAACAUUG